AUGCCCCCCGGCGCCUGGGAUUCACAUCUUCACAUUAUGGAUCCCGUGCGUUACCCUCCAGUCGAAACCAUUCCCUACAAGCCCACUGUUCAUAAUCUCUGGGAGAAUGCAAUCUUUGAGAACAGCAUCGGGUGCGACCAUGUCUUCUUCGUUCAGACCGCAACGCACGGAUAUGAUAUGACCCUCAUGUUGGACUCUAUGCGUGCGGUUGGAAAUGAACGAGCGCUGGGUCUUGCGUUGUUUGACCCAAAUACCACAUCGCAUGAGCAUAUUCGCAGAUGGGAUAGCGAGGGUGUUCGCGCUAUCAAGAAGUACGUCGACCUUAUCAAGCCUUUUGAUUGGGUUCUUCAACUGUACACCAAGAUGGAGCGCAUCGUCGAGCUGGAAGAUUUACUGCCCGCUCUCGGCGUGCGCGUCGUCUUUGAUCACUAUGGCGACCCAAGUCUUCCGAAAGCAUCGGGUCCUGUGAACCCCUACGACAUCAAGGGCUUUCGAUCUUUGAUCCGCCUUUUAAAGACAGGGACGACAUGGGUCAAGAUAUCUGGCGCAUACCGUCUCAGCCAUCUUGAUUCUGAUAUCUGGGAGGAUCUUGACCCUGUAACGCUAGAGCUCUUUGAGCAAGCCCCGAAGCGAGUUGUCUUCGGCUCGGAUUGGCCUCAUACCCGAUUUGAAGGUUUAGACGUGAGGCCUUGGGUGUCUCAUAUACUGGAUUUGACCGAGGGAAAGCAAUGGUUGCGAGAGAGACUCUUCAGGGACAAUGCUUUGGAGCUUUGGGGAGUAAAUAAGACGCAGAGUACCUGUAAUGGAGACAGAUGA